AUGGCACAACCACCAUCGGAAGACCCAUUCCAUUGGGACACCGACAGGGUCUGCCAGGAGCUUUGCUGCGAUGGUGUGGAGUGGACUAACGAUGCCUCGGCUCUUGAGUCGCUCUUGCGUGAGAAUUUUAUGGAUGGCGAGACGCUGUUGACAUAUGAGCUCGCCUUUUCGAGAAAAGAGCUCAUAGAAUGUCUCGGCAUUACGGCCGCUCGCCAUCGCGCCAAACUUAUCAGGAAGAUUCUGCAGCUUCAGAAACAAAGUCCUAAGUUUCGUGAAGAAAAGAAGAGCAUCGAAACCGACGGCAUCAAUCAGGUCUUCUUGCACACUCAGAUGUCAACCCUCCCAGUUGCACCACCAUCACAAAGUCCCUUUGACAAAACGUCUUCUCCUCCUAUGCAACCGCUUUUUGCAAUUGCCGAAAAAGUAGGGCCGUUGGAAGAAUUCCCCCGAAAACGCCGUCGCAUAGCCCCUACUUUUGUUACGGACAUAUCGGCUAGCGCUGCUACACAGCGUAUGCCAGGCUUCGAAGAACCUGAAUUAGGCACCCCUCACAUGGUACGCGUUGCUGACGCUUCUUUCUCUGGAGAAGAAGUAUCUACCGCCUACCUCGGCAAGAAGGCGGUGGCAGACAUGGUUCCUCUAGAGCCUGACUACUCUUCAGAUAGCGGUUCGGACACCUUCUACUCGGUUAAUGCGCCACAACCGCGAGGGAAGACAAGAGCUAUCUAUUCUCGGCUGAAAAAAUAUCUCUUGAAAAAUAAUAGAAAGAUCCUCACAAUUCAGUCUGGGGUCAAGGUCUCUACUUCCUCCGACGGUGACCGAGACGUUAUUGACUUCGACGAUUUGGCAUCCCUGGACGAAGACACCAUCCGUGAGAUGGCGAACGAGGAAGCAGAGAGUAAACAAGCCAACUCGUCUUUUCUGGCCUCUGAGAAAAUCGAGGAAAUCAUCAACGAGGAAAUUUGCAAAUUCCAAGCUCAGUGGCAAGAAAACAAACUGCCUAAACUCGAGAGAAAAGCCUACCGUCUAUGGGGUCAAGCUAAAAAGCACAGUCUGUUGCGGCGAAAAGCAUUUGAAGCGCAGCAAGAGGCAAGGCACUUUCGCGAUCGUCUCAGUACCCUUACCCGUGAUUUGAGGGGCCUGCCGUGGAAGACGAGCGAAGAGUUGCGUUUUCAAACGUGCAUUGUCGAACAAACGGUGGUCGAUAAGCUGCGUCAGGAGUGGCUCGCCAACUUGUUCUCCUUGCGAAGUGUACCACCGAAACGUUCACAUCCACACACUCAAACACAUCAGCAACCCCGGCCGAGAAGAGUUAUUCACGGCGACCAGCUUUCAUCAAGCUCCGAAGAAGAAUCGAAUUUGGAGGACUUUAUUGUGGAUGACGAUUCUGUAUCUGCGCGCGCGAUUUCUCCUGUUCCACAACAAAACAUCCCCUCGCCUUCCACCAGUUGCCAUCUUCCACUUGCACACUCCAACAACCACAGCGUGCCGCACAGCCCUGUCUCCUCUGUCAUGGCUGAAACUAGUUAUCCUCAAACUGUCAUUGAUUUGACGAUGGCUUCUGAUGUCGAAAUGGAUGGCACAGCGGAGAAACUGCUGCAUCGCGGGUUUGACGAGUUUACCCAAGAUGCACUUGCGCAAAUCGGGGAGAAGCAUCCUAAGCAUUGGGCCCGCAAAGGGGACCGAUUUCGCCUUGUCAUUUCUAUAUUAUGGAGACUUGACAUUGAAAGGCGCGAAGCCUUCUUCCAUUGGCUUGGUGAAAACGGCGUCUCCGAUAUCUGGCGGGCAUUAAUCGACACUGCCCAAAGCAGAAUAGAAGCCACAGGCUCGUUCAAGCAAGGUGCGGUGUUUGAUUUGAUGCUCGUUUAUCUGAGUUUCCAGAAAUGCAAAUACCGGAAAGAGGAGAAGAUCUCUAAAUUGAAGCCUAAAGAUGUUGACAAAAUGGAACACUCAGAGAAGUCGUUUCCUUUAUUCUGUGAAUUUCUAGGAAGCAUUCAAAAUGGAUUCCCCAAGAGGAACCAAAUUGCUCGCCUCGAUGAGUUCGGUAUUGAGGGCUUCGUUGAAAUCGAUGGAUUUCCCGACCAGACCUCCACCAAGUCGGGUGGAGGCAAAAAGAAGAACAAGAAGAAGGCGAUUAUUCUCGAUAGGAGCGGUGUCGAAUUGCGCGAACGAGCAGAGCGAGACAUGCGAGAACAGGAGCGGCGUCGAGACGAGCUUCGUGCCUCUAUCCAGAAAAACAACACAGUCGAUGCCGCUUCUGCCCGAGCGCCGCGCUUUAUCAUCAAUGAGUCGAAAACAGACGACCAAAAUUUCAUCUAUGUCAACCCCCAGAUUUCUUGUCGCAUCAAAGAUCAUCAGAUCGAAGGCGUUAGGUUCCUUUGGAACCACAUUGUCCGCCACGAGAGCGAAAGACAGGGCUGCUUGUUGGCUCACACCAUGGGUUUGGGCAAGACGAUGCAGACGAUCACGUUUCUAGUCGCGCUGCGAGAGUCAGCGCUGACGGAUCAACUACGUGAUCAGAUCCCUAAGGACUUGCGCGAUUGGAAAGUUCUGGUCCUUUGCCCUGCAGGUCUGGUAGAGAAUUGGAAGGACGAGUUUGCCAUCUGGGCUCCUGAAAAGCUGAUGGGAAAUAUUGUUACCAUCGAAGCAGCGAAACCUCCCGCUCAGAGAAUCCAGAACGCCAAAGACUGGGUUCAUAAGGGAGGUGUGCUGAUUAUCGGCUAUACGAUGUUCAAGUCCGGAUUUAGAAAGGGUGAUGGAACCCCGACCAGCCUCGACCGGAUCCUGGUCGAUAAUGCAACGGUAGUGAUCGCGGACGAGGCGCACCUCCUCAAGGAUCCAAAAACGAAUAUUACACAGGUCGCUUCCGAAAUAAAGACGAGCAACCGAAUCGCCUUGACUGGCUCACCACUUGCAAACAACGUUGAAGAGUACUACGCAAUGAUCAAUUGGGUUGCUCCAAAUUUUUUAGGUCCACUGCAGGAGUUCAGGGACAUGUAUGCUACGCCAAUUCAUCAGGGCCUUUAUCAUGACUCGUCCAGCUCUGAAAAGCGAAUGGCUAUCAAGAUGCUUCAAGUUCUGAAGACGACCGCAGCUCCAAAGGUCCACCGCGCAACAAUUAAGUCAUGCCUGAAGCAUGAGCUUCCGCCAAAGGAAGAAUUUGUCAUUUCAGUUCCGCCAACUGAAAUACAGCGCAAGCUGUAUGACCUUUACAUACAGGGCAAUGGCUCUGACAGCAGCGACGACAGAGUCAACCAAGCCAAUUUGUUUGGCAUUCUGAACCAUUUGGCGCUCAUCUGUGCGCACCCGGCAGUCUAUCGCAAAAGGGCCAUUGAGCUGAACGUCAAGUCAGAAAAAGGGCACGAGGUGGCGAGGUUCCCCAUGGCAACAAUAGGUGAGGUUCUGAAGAUCACCGCUGGUCAAAGCUUGGAGCGCACCGAGCUCUCAUACAAAGUUGAACUCCUCAAUAAGAUUCUGGACCAAUCUGCUCGUCUCGGUGACAAAGUCUUGGUUUUUAGCCAGUCAAUCCCGACGCUAGAUUACCUGGAAAAACUCUUUGCAAGCCAGCGCCGGGAAUCUUGUCGACUGGAUGGCAACACCAAAAUUGACAAGCGCCAAGAGAUGGUCAAGAACUUCAACACCGGUUCGACGCAAGUGUAUCUGAUUUCCACGAAUGCGGGUGGUGUUGGUCUAAACAUCCAUGGUGCGAACCGAGUCGUCAUUUUUGACUUUAAAUGGAACCCUGUCUCAGACCAGCAAGCAAUUGGACGAGCCUAUCGUAUCGGUCAGCGAAAGCCUGUGUUUGUCUACCGUUUCGUGGUUGCUGGGUCAUUUGAGGAGGAUUUGCAAAACAAAGCAGUCUUUAAGACUCAGCUAGCAGCCCGAGUGGUGGACCAGAAGAACGUUGUCAGCUGGUCAAAACGACUCGCAAACCUGAUCCAUAAGAUCAAGCAUGUCGACGCCACUGAAUCCCGAUUCGACUUCAAGGGGAAGGAUGUCAUCCUUGACCACUUGCUAGAUCAUGCGGAUACAAGGGCCAUUACAUCUGUCAUGUCCUCUGACACGUUCGAAGAAGAAGACGAGACUGAAACACUGACGGCUGAGGAACGCAAGGAAGCCGAUAGCAUGGUUGAGCGGCACAACAUGCGGGUGGCGGACCCGGAAAAAUACAGCCAAAUGAUGCAGACAGAGCGAACUGGUAACAAUCAGAGAGCUGCUUCGCAUAUUGUUUCGGGCAAGCCGAAUAAGGACGGGUUCUCGGAGAGACCCGACCCUGCAUAUCAAUCAACCGGCCAUUACAGUUAUCUUCUUUCACAGUCUUCGGGCCCAGCCUCGGCUCCGGCUCCGGCUCCGGCUCCGGCUCCGGCUACUACAAAACGUUCGUUGCCCUCAUCCGGACCCAUGCCUAUGCUGGGCUCUAAUACCUUCUACGGCAACGGUGGUCCGAGAAUGACCGUAGUCCAGGCCUCUUCAGUGCCCAACAACGGAAAAUCUGCUUUCAACGCGGCGUCAAGCGCGGAGGCGCGAGAGCAGUUCCGACAGAAGUUGGCGGCUGCGCUGUCGGUGGUCGUGGCCCGAAAUCAACCUAUUCCGCUCGAUGCGCUUGCAAAAGCGGACUCCAUCACAGCUGAAAUCGAGGUGGCCCUGUCAGAGCGGAACGAAGGGCAUGCAGCUGAUACUCUACACUGGAACAUGCUGGCUGGGAAGGUUGAGAAUGAGAGGUUUCUUCUGGCAAUAGCAGCCGCCCGGUUUUCUGGACGGUUCCUGGGCGCGACCGAGGAGGGUGCCAUUCUCGAGCGCCUCCAGGACCUAGAACUUAUCUGCGAAAAGAAUUCCUUAGAUCUAAUUCGCGAGGGGGGCAAGUCAAAGGACCCUGAGGCGUUGGAGGACUUGCGAGCAAUACGACGGGCAUCGACCAUGCGAAACGGCGAGCGGCGAAGCGAUGUGCGAAGCGACCUGAGAAGCGACCUGCGGACUGACCAGGGGCCAGAGCUGCCAUCAUGGGCGAACAACAUUCGUGGACAGGGACGACUAGCAGAGAGUUUGCUGAGCAGACGGUGA